AUGCUGAGCUUCCUCCGUAGAACUCUUGGGCGCCGGUCAAUGCGUAAACAUGCUGAGAAGGAACGACUCCGAGAAGCACAGAGAGCUGCCACACACAUCCCUGCAGCUGGAGAUUCUAAGUCCAUUAUCACAUGCCGGGUGUCCCUCCUGGAUGGCACUGAUGUUAGCGUGGACUUGCCGAAAAAAGCCAAAGGACAAGAGCUGUUUGAUCAGAUUAUGUAUCACCUGGACCUUAUUGAGAGUGACUAUUUUGGUUUGAGAUUUAUGGAUUCUGCACAAGUAGCACACUGGUUGGAUGGCACAAAAAGCAUCAAAAAGCAAGUGAAAAUUGGUUCACCGUAUUGUCUGCAUCUUCGAGUUAAGUUUUAUUCCUCAGAACCAAAUAAUCUUCGUGAAGAGCUAACCCGGUAUUUAUUUGUUCUUCAGUUAAAACAAGAUAUUCUCAGUGGAAAAUUAGAAUGUCCUUUUGAUACAGCAGUACAAUUGGCAGCUUAUAAUCUGCAAGCUGAACUCGGUGACUAUGAUCUUGCUGAACACAGUCCUGAACUUGUCUCUGAGUUCAGGUUUGUGCCCAUUCAGACUGAAGAAAUGGAACUGGCUAUUUUUGAGAAAUGGAAAGAAUACAGAGGUCAGACACCAGCACAAGCUGAAACCAAUUAUCUGAAUAAAGCCAAAUGGCUAGAAAUGUAUGGGGUUGACAUGCAUGUGGUCAAGGCUAGAGAUGGGAAUGACUAUAGUUUGGGACUGACCCCAACAGGAGUCCUUGUUUUUGAAGGAGACACCAAGAUUGGCUUAUUUUUUUGGCCCAAGAUAACCAGAAUGGAUUUUAAGAAGAAUAAAAUAACCUUAGUGGUUGUAGAAGAUGAUGAUCAGGGCAAAGAGCAGGAACAUACAUUUGUUUUUAGACUGGAUCAUCCAAAAGCUUGCAAACAUUUAUGGAAAUGUGCUGUGGAGCAUCAUGCCUUCUUCCGCCUCCGAGGCCCUGUCCAAAAAAGUUCUCAUCGCUCGGGAUUUAUUCGACUAGGAUCACGUUUUAGAUAUAGUGGGAAAACUGAGUACCAGACCACAAAAACCAGUAAAGCAAGAAGAUCAACAUCCUUUGAAAGAAGGCCUAGCAAACGAUAUUCUAGACGAACUUUGCAUAUGAAAGCAAGUACAGCAAAAUCUGAAGAACUCAGUGUUCACAAUAAUGUUUCUACCCAGAGUAAUGAUUCCCAACAGACUUGGGGUCUAAGAUCUACUGCGUCUGUGAUUCCUUCCACAUCCUCUGGUCCCGUGCUGGUGGAGAUAGAAAAUCUUCCAAAGAAUUCUGGAACAGAUCAGCAUGACAAGAAAUGCUUGCCUCUGAGUAUUGAUUUGCUAGAUAGCCCAGACUUACUGGAAACAGCCAUUGGUGAUGUAACUAGGGCAUCAGAUACCAUGGAAACAUCCCUAGCACUGGAUGACAUUAACAUAGCCACUAUGCAAACUGGAUUAGAGGAACCUGAAGCUGAAUGUGAGACAUUGAAAGAUGCCUCAGAGAAGCUCAAGCAAUUUGAGAUGGAAAACAGUCCUUUGCUGCCUCCUCAAUCAAACAUUGAUAUUAAUGUCAACAGCCAGAAGGAAGUGGUGAAGUUGACUGAAAAAUGCCUUAAUAAUGCCAUUGAGAGCCCCGGAUUGAAUGCCAUGAGAGUUCCUCCUGACUUCAAGAGUAACAUUUUGAAGGCUCAAGUAGAAGCAGUGCAUAAGGUUACAAGAGAAGAUAGCUUAUUAAGUCAUAAAAAUGCCAGUGUUCAGGAUGCUACCAUAGACAGUGUUGUAUUAAAUGAGAAUAAUGUGUUCCUCUCCAAAGAUUCUCUUGCUCCGAUGUGUACCAUGCCUGCAGAUAGCAAUUCUGUUCUGAAGGAUGCCACAGAUGAAUUGGAUGCCUUGCUCUUAUCUCUAACUGAGAAUCUAAUUGACCCCACAGUCACACCUCAGGUGUCUUCAACAUCCAUGAUCACACCCCGGUGGAUUGUUCCACAGAGUGGUGCCAUUUCUAAUGGACUUGGAAGAUAUGGAACAUUGUUGGCAGGAAAAGAAGGACAUGGUAGUAAAGAUGAAAUUUCAUUGAUCUCUCCUCCAGCACCAUUCUUAGUAGAUGCUGUGACCAGUUCUGCUCCAACAUUGGUGGAAGACACAGUCUUGAAGCAGAAGUGUUUACUGACAACUGAGCUCUAA